AUGCGCUUUGAGCGUGGAUUUCCCCUCAGGGAGUCAAAAGUUUACACUCCUUUUCGUGCCACCGAGAUUUGGAAUGCAAUUGUAAAUCAUUUGAAAUCAAAUGUCGAAGUCAAGCGCCGACGUCACAUAAUGCGCUAUUACAACAACUGCUUUACAGGUUGUUCAGCUGUGGAGACCAUCUACCAAUACCUCGUAAAUGACAAGGAGACAUUCAGUGUGAACAUAUCACGAGAUAAUGCAAUUAAAGUCUGUCAGACUAUGUUAGACAAAAAAGUCUUUGAACCAGUGCCUCCUCCAACCCGACAGAGUUAUGGCAACACAUAUAAGAAGCCAGUUUUUGAAGACAGUGCUAGCAAGCUUUACCGUUUUUCUCCCAUUUCCAAUGUUCCUGUUCCUUCUACUGUAUCUACCUGUCCUAACUGUUCCAUGUCCUCUCUCGAUGACAGUGACGGCGAAAAUGAUCACAGUAUGGAAACUGCGCCAGUGCCUCGACGUAAAUCCAUGGAUCCAAGUAUAAUUUGUAAUCCUGAAGAGCCAAGUCCUCGACCUACAAUUAUGAGAGUUCGAAGCACUGGAUCAAUUCAGCUGUGUCAGAAUACUCCUCUUGUGAAACACCCUAUGAAAGCACCGAUGCAAGUUCAAGAAGAUGUGCUAAAACAAGUUGCCUUGUGUGAACUGCUUCGUAUUCUGGAUGUUCCAAUUAUUGAUGGGUUCCUAUCACAUUUGUACAGAGACAGCAGCCCCCGUGCAUUUGGCUGGACAAACUUUGGGGCCACAUUCAAUACUUGCACGUCACCCAUGUUUGGCAAAAAAGCUCAUGAUGCUUUUUUGACUGCUGCUAUGGACUGCAUAGCCACCUCAUCGCAGGAUCUGCCUGGUUUGCGAAGGGAAGGUUUCUGCGUACCCCUGUCUGUAGAUGAGAAACGUCACCUGUUUGAAAUGGUGCUUAAUGUUCACACUAACCUGGAAAAGACUCUCCUCUCUGAGUGGGAUGUAGAUUUCCACUUGGCCAUUUGUAAUAUGAUCCUUCAUGGAAAAGAGGAAAAAGCCAAACUGGCAUUUCAUCUCUACUCUUUGGUUUUAGCCCAAUAUCACAAGGAUAAGCUGAUACGGCUUUUUAAAUUCAUACAAUUUGUUGUCUCUGAUGAACAGCUACAACAGUGCAGUCAGAUGUACAGCAGUCAUUGUGUCCUUCAAGUGUUCACAGAUAGCAUACUUCGUCAUCCUCUCCUUGCCCAUGAACUGGCUGUCAUUGUUGUCAGUUUCUUUUUUGACAAUCAAGCACUCCUUACUAAGUCACCCCCCAAAUAUUUGCAAGAUGAAAUUGACCGGAUUCUUGUAGAAAUACAGUCAGGGACACUUGUUCCAUAUCAGCCUCCACGAUUCAGUCAAGCUUUGAGUGUUUCUGAUUAUGAACUGCAAACUUCCCAGUCUACUGCCAGCAGUCUUGUGCAGAUGAUGAAUUCUUUAAUAGAUGAUGUGAAAUUAAGCCUAAAGGACAAAAAACACAAGCUGAAACAAUUUCAGAAGCAUCAUCCACAACUUUAUAAGAAAUAUUUUUCCAACAUGGUAUGA